AUGUCUACCCCGAGAGCGCGUGACCGCCGGUCACUGCGCAAUUCGGAUCUCCAACGCCUUCCAAGUCAUACGCGCUACCCACUUACGCCGAGUAGACUCGUCACCACCACGACCCCAUCUGGCCAACGUUCAGCUUCGAGGUUCACGCCCCGGGCGAGAGCAUCAGCCGCCCCGUCAACGCCAUAUGGGCUUCGCGCUCGACAGCAGCGAGCUGCAAAUACCCCAGGUCGCGAUCGCCGCCGAAGCGGUCGCAUACAGCGGGAGACUACAUUUGACAUACUCAGAAACCUUGGGAAAGCACUGGCUCCCGUCUCAAGACCUAUACAAUCCUCACCCCAGGAUGCGCCGCAGCCCGCGGAGAAUGAUCCUAUAGACGAAUUCGAGGAGUUAGACAACGAGCCGGAAAACACGCCACCGCGACUUUCUCUGCCGAUCCAGGGGUCGGAGGAAGGAAGUGAUGACCCGACUCCGCCGCCGCGAAUGUCGGCUGCCUUUGACGAUGAUAUCACCUACCGAUCCGUCGAAUACCCGAUGAGAGAGACGAGUAUAAAAGACCAGCAACGAUUAUCAAUGUACAGUCAAGCUGGGAGAUUGAGUGAGAAUUUCCGAGGUCAUUUAGACAGCGAUUCUGAUGCGGGCGAACAAACGGGACUUUUCGGCGGCGAUGAGGCAGCUGACAAUACGAUAUUCAGUGGAGGCGACUUCGAUCAAGGUGGAGAAACGGAGAACCUGGACCGCUUUGUUUUCGAUAUUCCAUCUCCAGAUGCGGGUGCAUUUGAAGAUCCCAUGGAUGAACAAGUCGGCGAAGCUGAGGGAUUCGAGUUGACCACAGGCGACAUACAGCCACUUCCUGGAACACCACCAUCAGACAAUGACGAUGAUGUUGCUGGCGGAUUUGGAUUUGGCCUCGACUUAGCUCCACUGGCGUCCCCGAGCCAAAGCCCGGGAAUUGUUGGAGGAGGCCUGCGGGAUGAGGGUGCUCCGGUGCAGACCAAGCAAAAGAAGCUUUCCAGACACGGAAUUCCGGUUCCAAACAUGCCCGCGGGAGUAGUCAAGAAGCUGGCCACUCGCUUCGCGCAUACAAAAGGUGGAUCAAAAGCGAAGAUCAACAAGGCUGCAAUGGCUGCAAUCGAACAGGCGUCUUCAUGGUACUUCGAACAGGUCAGCCAGGAUUUGGCUGCUUAUUCAAAGCACGCUGGACGCAAAACUAUUGACGAGAGCGACGUCUCAACGCUCAUGAGAAGGCAACGGCACAUCAACAGUACGACAACAAUGUUUUCCCUGGCUCAGAAGCAUUUGCCCAAGGAGCUUCAGCAGGAUAUGAGACUGGCUAUGCCUCCGUGA